AUAAGCAGUAUUUAAAAUUCUUUAUAUAUCACUAAAGAAAAAACAAAAAAAAAAUGUUGACUUCCUCUUUGUACUGCUCUCUCAUUGAAGUCUAGUCCUAUCCCUGUCUCUAAAUGCAGCCCAUCAUUCACUGUCUUCUCUUCUCUCCAUACUACAUCCUUUCAGGCGUUAUUGAGAUAAAUGCGAAGGUCAUUGAAUCCUAAUUUCAUCAUCUUCAAACAUGUUCUUCAUCUCUGCACCAUUUAUUGCCAGUGUCUUUUGCCUCGCAACUUUAGCUUUUGGAGCUACUAGAUUACCAAAUGAUGAAGUGGAAGCUCUACGUGACAUAGCCAAGACACUGGGGAAGACAGAUUGGAACUUUAGCGUUGAUCCAUGCUCUGGUGAAUCAGGAUGGGCAGAUCCAAAUCCAGUGAAGGGCUCAGAAAAUGCUGUUACCUGUAAUUGUUCCUUCUCCGAUGCCACCAUCUGCCACAUCAUUAGCAUAGUUCUGAAGUCUCAGAAUCUCCCAGGCACUCUCCCAAAAGACUUGGGCAGGCUUCCUUUCCUCCAAGAAAUUGACCUCUCUCGUAACUACCUUAACGGUACAAUCCCUCCACAAUGGGGUUCCAUGCAAUUGGUCAACAUCUCUCUUCUGGGAAAUCGGUUAACGGGUCCAAUUCCAAAAGAAAUUGGAAACAUCAGCACUCUUGCAAAUCUAACUGUGGAGUGCAAUCAACUUUCUGGAGGAUUGCCUCGAGAGCUUGGAAGUUUAAACCGCAUAGAGAGAAUGCUGCUUGCCUCCAAUAAUUUUACUGGGCAGUUGCCUGCCACUUUUGCAAACCUAACCACAUUGAAAGACUUUCGAAUUGGUGAUAGCCAGUUCACGGGCCCGAUACCUAAUUUUAUUCAGAAUUGGACUAAUCUAGAAAAACUAGUGAUUCAGGGCAGCGGUUUAGGUGGGCCAAUUCCAUCUGGCAUCGGUCUUUUGGCAAAGAUAACCGACUUGAGAAUCAGUGACUUGAGUAAUGGAACUGAAACACGAUUUCCACCAUUGAGUAAUAUGAAGAAUCUGAAGACUCUAAUACUGAGGAGUUGCAAUAUUCUUGGACAGCUACCUGACUUUCUUGGGGGAAUGACCAAAUUGAAAACCUUAGACCUCAGCUUUAACAAACUGACAGGAGAAAUUCCACCCAGCCUUUCUGGUGCAGUAAAAACAGAUUACAUAUACUUAACCGGAAAUCUACUAAAUGGAACAGUGCCUGACUGGAUGCUUGAAAAAGGAGAAAAUGUUGAUCUUUCCUAUAAUAAUUUCACAAUUGAAAGCUCAUGUCAACAGCGGACCGUAAACUUAUUUGGAAGCUCCUCAAUGGGAAAUGUUUCUACCACUGUUUCAUGCUUAAGAAGCUACCGCUGUCCAAAAUAUUUCUAUUCCUUCCAUAUAAAUUGUGGUGGGAAGGAAGCUAUGAGUAAGGAAAUUACAUAUGAAGGUGAUGUAGAGGAAAUUACAUAUGAAGAUGAUGUAGACUCAGCUGGACCUUCAAGAUUCUACCAAAGCAGAACUAACUGGGCAUUCAGCAGCACUGGAAAUUUCAUGGAUGAUGACCGUCCAACGGAUUCCUACACCUGGACAAACACAACUGAACUCUCAGCAGGCGCUUCUGCGCUAUACAUGGAUGCACGCCUUUCCCCACUCUCUCUUACUUAUUACGGUUUCUGCAUGGGAAAUGGGAACUACACAGUUAGACUCCACUUUGCAGAGAUAAUGUUUACUGAUGACAACACAUAUAGCAGCCUUGGUAGGCGCCUGUUUGAUAUUUACAUUCAGGGAAAGCUUGUGCAAAAUGAUUUUAACAUUGAGGAUGAAGCAGGUGGGGUUGGUAAGGCCAUUAUCAAAAAUUUUACAGCCAUUGUAACAAGUCAUACAUUGGAGAUACGCUUUUAUUGGGAUGGAAAAGGGACAACUGGUAUGCCUUCUAGAGGAGUUUAUGGUCCUCUAAUAUCAGCCAUUUCGGUCACUCCUGAUUUUGUACCUCCUCCAGAAAGUGGCAGUAAUAUAUCUGCAGGCACCGUGGUUGGAAUUGUGGUUGCUGUAGUAGCUAUCAUCAUUCUGGUUCUUGGUGUCCUCUGGUGGAAAGGCUGUUUAAGACAUAAGGAUAAAAUGGAUCAAGAUCUAAGGGGCCUAGAUAUACAAACAGGUUCAUUUACAUUGAAACAAAUUAAAGCUGCUACUAACAACUUUGAUCCUGCUAAUAAAAUUGGAGAAGGUGGUUUUGGUUCUGUUUAUAAGGGCUUUCUUUCAGAUGGCACCAUAAUUGCUGUGAAGCAACUUUCCUCCAAAUCCAAGCAGGGAAAUCGCGAAUUUGUGAAUGAGAUUGGCAUGAUUUCUGCUCUCCAACACCCUCAUCUUGUAAAGCUCUAUGGAUGUUGUAUUGAAGGAAAUCAAUUGUUGCUGGUGUAUGAGUUUAUGGAAAAUAACAGCCUUGCGCAUGCUUUGUUUGGUCCUGAAGGGUGCCAGUUGAAUUUGGAGUGGCCUACAAGACACAAGAUCUCCAUUGGUAUAGCGAGAGGUUUGGCCUUUCUUCACGAAGAAUCAAGGUUGAAGAUUGUGCACAGAGAUAUCAAAGCUACUAAUGUGCUGCUUGAUAAGAAUUUAAAUCCUAAGAUAUCUGAUUUUGGUCUGGCCAAACUUGAUGAAGAAGGGAAUACCCACAUAAGUACCCGAGUUGCAGGAACCUUUGGAUAUAUGGCACCUGAAUAUGCAAUGCGAGGUUAUUUAACCGAUAAGGCAGAUGUGUAUAGUUUUGGAGUUGUUGCCUUGGAAAUUGUUAGUGGGAGGAGCAACACUAGUUACCGACAGAAUGUGAAGGAGGAAUGCUUUUAUCUACUUGAUUGGGCGCUUGUUUUAAAAGAAAAAGGAAGUUUAUUGGAGCUUGUUGAUCCAAAACUAGGGAAGAACUACAACAAAGAACAGGUGAUGACAUUGAUCAACGUGGCUCUGCUAUGUACUGGUGUCUCUCCAGUAGUUAGGCCUACAAUGUCUUCAGUGGUAAGUAUGUUGGAAGGCAAGGCCUCUAUUCAAGAUUUUGUUUUGGAUUCAAGUGUCUCACAAUCACAUAAUGAGAUGAGAAUUGAAGCAAUGAGGAAGCAUUUUCAGCACUGCAUUGACCAGGAUACAAGUACCAGCAUGACCCAAAGUAUGUCACUGGAUGGACCUUGGACUGGAUCUUCCACUUCUGCUCAGGAUCUUUAUCCACUCGUUAUGGAUUCUGAUUAUUGGGAGAAGAGAAAUUAGAUAAAUAGUUAAAAUUAUGAACAUUGUGUACAAGGAAACAGCAAUGGUUAAAAUUAUCAACAGUGUCUACAAGGAAACAGCCUCUCUGCAUAGCAGAGCAAGCCCAAGUGUGUAAUGUUUCGUGCACUAACUCAUCCCUUUUUUUAUCUUCCUUCCUUUGCCCUUUUUUUUUUUUUAUUGUGGGAAUUUCAUUGUGUUAAGAGUAUUCAUGGUGCUUAUGAAAAAUUUUUUACAGUAA